CAUGUGGGAGAUUCUGGUGGACUCCAUCACCCUCCGUCGUUGCCUCCCUGACGCUUGGCUCUCAGCAGAUUUUCUCCUGAGUGUUUGUUGUUCUCCAUCUUCUGAGGGUUCACAAAGUCUCCUCCUAGAUCCUCUCUCUACCCUGCCAACGCGCAAAGCCGGGAACUAGGAAAAGCAGUUAUUCGGGCUACAGCCUGAUUGGAAGCAGAAGCAUCCUCCUGUCACUUGAAGGACCGCUUCUCUUGGCUGGGGUGUUCUGUGGCCUGACCCCACAAGAUGCCAAGAGAAGAAGCUUACUUCACCUAUGGUUACCCCAAGAUGGGGCACGGCCGCUCCCACAUCACAGCUGAAGAGGCUGCCGGGAUUGGCAUCCUGAUAGUGAUCCUGGGAAUUUUACUGCUCAUUGGCUGUUGGUAUUGUAGAAGACGAAGUGGAUACAAAAGCUUGAAGGACAAAAGCAUUUAUGUUAGUACUCAAAAUACCUUAACAGGAAGAUGUCCACGUGAGGGGCUUGGUCACCAGGACAGCAAACUGCCUUUUCAGGAGAACAGUUGUGACCCUGUGGUUCCCAAUGCUCCACCUGCCUACGAGAAACUUUCUGCAACGCAGUCACCACCACCUUAUUCGCCGUGAGAGCCAGCAAGGCCCCUGAGAGAUGCUGUAAUGAUUUCCCUCACACUUUUGCUUGAAUUUAAUACAGACAUCUAAUGUUCUGCUUUGGAAUGCUAUGGAAACAGUGUACAUCGUCUCUAACAAUAAGCUUAGUGUUAAAUUCUUUAGGGCAACUAGCAAUACUAAUUAAGUGAGGAAAUGACUAGAAGUAUUAAAAUGAGAAACACUUUGUUAAUAAAGGUUGUAAUGCCUGA